UGCGAAUAACUAAGGACAUGUGAGCAAAUCAACAGAGAGCAAAACCUGCUAACCAGUCGGAAACCCCAUCAUCAUCUUCGUAGUCUCCACCAUUUGGUGUGUGGGCAGUAGGAAGGAUGGCGGGCCAAGGCAUCCCAAAGACCCCUUAUGCGCCGGACACAAUAUGACUGGGUUCCAAGGGAAUUCCAAGCACGCUAAGAGGCAAAGAGAGUCAAGCUCACGCGAGUUAGGAAUAACAAAAAAGAUCCUAGCAGGAGUGUAGAAUAUGAGAGAUGGCCGGGUGAGGGAAAUUGGGUGGAAUGUGGGAAUUUUUUAUCUUUUGCUUCCUGUUCUGGAGCACAAAUUUGUUACUGUGAUAGAUUCUUCAUUUCAUGUAGGAAAUGAUGGUAUACUUGAUAAUUAUUCCUACCAGAGUCGUUAUAAAACACUUGUCUCCCUUAACGAAGUGGUUGUUAUGCACCCACAUACACAAUUCCAAGCCACUGCCGCCCGACAUAAUCAUGCAGUAGUUAGCGCCGUGCUAACGAUGGCAUCUGUCGUCCGUCAGCGUAAGAGUAGAUUGACGCGCUGUCUCUCCGUAUUCUUUUACCCAUUCAAGUAUCAAAUACCUGAGAUCCCUUAUCAUCAUUGUAUUCCAGCCGUGCCUGUAAACUGUGGGUAUGGCAUGGACAUUAUUGUGGCGUUUCUCCGAGAAAUUAUAUUGAUGCUCUAUCAAGCCUAGGUCAGCCUAUGUGGUUUGCUGCUCGACGGACACAGACACAUACGAG